AUGGAAGAAAUUAAAAUAACUAUAACUGAUCUUCAAGAAUAAAAAGUAGAUUUCAUUUUAGAAAACUGCGAAGUCGCCUUAGCAAAUUCCCUACGUCGAAUUCUCUUAGCCGAAGUAGAAACAAUAGCAAUCCAAAACGUAAAAGUAUACGAAAACACAUCAUGCCUUCCUGACGAAUAUAUAGCCCACCGAGUAGGUUUGAUUCCUUUAAUAAGUGCUAACGUUGACAACUUUAAUUAUAUAUGGAAUUGUGAUUGUAAAGGAUCUUCAGAAGGCCAAGAAUGUGACCGAUGUGCAGUACAUUUUGUAUUAAAAGUAUAAAACUAAGGAAAUACUACUAUGGAAGUAACAUCUUUAGAUUUAAAAGAGAAAUUUAUGAAUUCUGACGAGGAUGCAGUACGUCCAGUGAAAUUUUAUUCAAUAGUUCCAGAUUAAAUGGGGAGAUAGUAAGAAGUGGGAAUUCCUAUAGUUAAAUUGUCUAAAAAUUAAUAAAUUCAUUUCGAAUGUGAGGCGAUGAAAGGAAUAGGAAAAAUGCACUCGAAAUGGUCUGCGGUUAGUGUAGCAAGUUUUAAAAUAGAACCACUUAUAAAAUUUUCGGAUGAUAUUUAAUAAUUGACAAGGGAAUAGAAAAAAUAAAUUGUUGAUUGUUGUCCGGUUAAAGUAUAUGAAAUUAAUUAGGAAAAUGAUCAAUUAGAGAUCGCUAAUCUGUAAAAAUGUAUGUUUUGUGAUGAAUGUGUGUUUAAAUGUGAAGAAGAAAUCAAAAAACCGAAACUUAUCAAAAUUGAUCAUAAUAAAAAUAAGUUCAUAUUUUAAGUAGAAACUACAGGAGUUUUGAAACCUGUUGAUGUACUAAAUAGGGCUUUUAGAGCGCUUAAAGAAAAAUUGGUUUUUAUGAAAAAUUAAAUAGAAUAAUAUUAAGUUUGA